AUGGCUCCCCAUGCAGAGGCAGACUCGGGCUCCGCGCACGGAGAUGGACCAACCAACGGCAACGGCAACGGCAACGGCGCCCAGCACGACCGCGAGCUCUUCACCGUCGACUCCCCCAACGUCGUCUACAAUGACAACGAGAUCCUCUCCAAGUACACCUACCGCACCACAAAGGUCACAAAGGACGCCGCUACCGGCAAGUACAUCGCCAAGCCCACCACCACCCUCUACGAGUUCAAGACGGACCGCAAGGUCCCCAAGGUCGGCAUGAUGCUCGUCGGCUGGGGCGGCAAUAACGGCACCACCGUCACCGCAGGCAUCCUCGCCAACCGCCGCGGUCUCGAGUGGGAUACCCGCGAAGGCCCCCGCGCCGCAAACUACUACGGCUCCGUCAUCAUGGGGUCCACCGUCAAGCUGGGCACCGACGCCGAGACGGCAAAGGACGUCAAUAUCCCCUUCCACGACCUGCUUCCUAUGGUCCACCCCAACGACCUGGCUAUUGGCGGUUGGGAUAUCAGCAAGCUGAGCUUGGCCGACGCCAUGGACCGCGCGCAGGUGCUGGAGCCGACGCUCAAGAUGCAGGUCAAGAAGGAGAUGGCUGAGAUGGUCCCGCUUCCUAGCAUCUACUACCCUGACUUCAUCGCCGCCAACCAGGAGGACAGGGCCGACAAUUUGAUUCCCGGAAGCAAGGCCUCCAUGGCUCACGUUGAGCAGAUCCGCAAGGAUAUUCGCGACUUCAAGGAGGCCAACGGUCUCGACAAGGUCAUUGUGCAGUGGACCGCCAACACGGAGCGAUACGCCGACAUCAUCCCGGGCGUCAAUGACACCGCCGAUAACCUGCUCAAGUCCAUCGAGGAGGGCCACGAGGAGGUCUCGCCCUCGACCGUCUUCUCCGUUGCCUGCACGCUUGAGGGCGUCCCCUUCAUCAACGGCUCCCCGCAGAACACCUUCGUCCCCGGCGCCAUCGAGCUGGCCGAGAAGCACGGGUCCUUCAUCGGCGGCGACGACUUCAAGUCGGGCCAGACCAAGAUGAAGUCGGCACUCGUCGACUUCCUCAUCAACGCGGGUAUCAAGCUGACCUCCAUUGCGAGCUACAACCAUCUGGGCAACAACGACGGGAAGAACCUCAGCUCGCACAAGCAGUUCCGUUCCAAGGAGAUUAGCAAGUCCAACGUGGUGGACGACAUGGUUGAGGCCAACACGGUGUUGUACAAGGAGGGCGAACACCCUGACCACACCGUCGUCAUCAAGUACAUGCCAGCCGUGGGUGACAACAAGCGCGCGCUCGACGAGUACUACGCCGAGAUCUUCAUGGGCGGUCACCAGACCAUCUCGCUCUUCAACGUAUGCGAGGACUCGCUGCUGGCAUCGCCGCUCAUCAUCGACCUCGUGCUCGUGGCCGAGAUGAUGACGCGCAUCCAGUGGAAGGCUUCCUCGUCGGACGGUGUCGCGACCAAGGACUUUAAGGGAUUCCACAGCGUGCUGAGCAUCUUGAGCUACAUGCUCAAGGCGCCCCUGACCCCGCCGGGAACCCCUGUCAUCAACGCACUGAGCAAGCAGCGCGCCGCGCUGACCAACAUCUUCCGCGCCUGCGUUGGUCUGGAGCCGGAGUCUGAGAUGACGCUCGAACACAAGCUGUUCUGAUGCGUCGUCAGAUUGUGAAUGAAUGUUCCAUUCUUUGCCAUACCACGUGGCCCUGCUUUGAUUCGUUGCCUUGCUUUUUCCAAUUCUGGAGGUCGAUAACGACACAAUCGCCCCGUCCGAUCAUUGAGAGUUGCGUUAAUGAUUUGAGAUAGUGCCUAUGUUUAUUCCAAAAAAAUACAGUCAGUCAUUACCGCAUGCCGUAAGCGUCCCACAUGUCAGAGUUUUGGCAUUUCGUAUCGUGAAGCUAUUUGGGAAGCAGCCACGCAAGCUCUCACAACUUGAACCUUAGAAG